AUGGGCGAGGUGCUUUUCUCCCUGGAAGACCGGAGGGGCCGUCCCAUGGUGCUGGCCCCCACUCAUGAAGAGGUAGUUACCAGCAUAGUCCGGGCCAAUGUGCAGAGCUACCGCGACCUGCCCGUAAUUCUCUACCAGAUUCAGACCAAGUUCCGGGACGAGCCACGACCCCGGGCAGGGCUGGUGCGGGUGCGCGAGUUCGACAUGAAGGACGCCUACAGCUUCAACACCGACGAUGACAGCCUGGACGACAGCUACCAGGCAAUGGCCCAGGCCUACCGCAACAUCUACCGCCGCUGCAGUCUGCCCGUCCUGAUGGCCGAGGCGGACAGCGGCGCCAUCGGCGGCAAGGACUCCCACGAGUUCCUGCUGGCCACACCCACCGGCGAAGACACAGUCAUCACCUGCCCCGCCUGCGGCUACACCGCCAACGCGGAAAAGGCUCAGGGCGUGUAUCCGGACCAGCCUGCAACACCCGAACAAUCCCUGGAGGAGAUCGACACCCCAGGCAUCAAAACCAUAGCCGGCUUGGCGGACUUCGUGGGAGUAGCCACAAGCCAGACGUUGAAAGCCGUUUUCUACGCCGCCGACGAUGAUGUAGUGUUUGUUACCGUCCGGGGCGACCUGGAGGUCAACGAGGUCAAGCUGAAGAACUGCCUGCACUGUAAAGACCUGCGCCUGGCCACCGACGAAGAGGUGCGCGACGCCGGACUGGUGGCUGGCUCCGCUUCCCCCAUCGGCGUUACUAACGUCCGGCGGGUGGCCGACCCCUCAAUAAUGCGCGGCAGCAACUUCGUGGUGGGCGCCAACAAGCCCGACACCCACUUCCUGAACGCAAAUUAUCCCCGGGAUUUCGAGGUAGACGUCCUCACCGACAUUGCCCUGGCCCAGCCUGGCCACCUGUGUCCCCAGUGCAACGCCCCAUUGGAGGCCACGCGAGGCGUCGAGGUGGGCCACAUCUUCAAGCUGGGCACCUCUUACAGCGAGGCCCUGGGCGCCAUGUACCUGGACCAGGAAGGGCAGCAGCACCCCAUAACCAUGGGCUGCUACUGA